AUGUUAAAUAUUUAUAUAUAUUAUUAAUCCAAAAUCUUGAUUCAGAGAUGUAAGAUAAAAAAGAACAAAGCAAGUUUGAAAAUUUUCUAAUACGAUUUAAAGCUUUGGUUGAAUCCUAUUUAGCACCAACACCAGAACCAGAAGAAUAACCAAAGCAAUAAGUCACAAAACAAAAAAAACAAAAAAAACAUAAAGAUCCAUUGGCUCCCAAGAUGCCUAAAUCAGCAUUCAUCUUUUAUUUUUAAGACAAAAGAGAGAAAUUUCAAUAACAAUAUCCAAAUCUACAAUUUUAAGAAAUCACAAAAUUAAUUGCUAGUGAAUGGAAAGAUUUACCAAAAGAAAUUUAGUAGUCAUAUCACGAUCAAGCCUUAAAAGACAGAAGUCGUUACUCAUAAGAAAAUGAACUCUAUUGCACAUAAACAGGCAAACAAAUCAACGGCAAGAGUCAAGCCAAAACCAAUAAAUCAAUUGCAAAAAAAGAAAAAGUCUAAUAGAAAGUGGAUUAAGAUGAAGAUAUUGAUUCUUUUGGUGCAGAGAUCGGCUAGGAAUGAUAUCUAUAAAAAAAUACAUCUGAAAUAAUUAAUGUUCAAAAUAUUCAUAGGAAUUUAUUUAUUUUUUAUCAUCUCCACUUUAUUACCUAAAAUAUUAAAUGACUACAUAUUACAAUUACAUCUUCUAUUAUAUAAUCCAACCUAAUAAUUGAAUCUUUAAAAAAUUAUUUUAACAAAACUUUCUUAUAGGAACCAAAAUGCGAAAAAAUAGAAUAAACAUAAAAUUUAAGAGUAAAAGAUAUUCGUAUUUAACCAAAUUGAUUUAAAAAUCUCUUGUCUCAUUCCCAAUUAAUAAUACACUCUAAAUUGA